GAUUAUAAACUUGUGGCCCUAACCACAACAGGGGUUUAUUGGUUUGGAAUUAUUGUUGUGUUAUUAAUAAAGUAAUUGUUAUGAACUAGUUUUGGAAAGUUUUCUGGAACUGAAUUGUGUAUAUUGAAACAAAACAUUAAACAAGAGAUUAGUGCAAGAAAUUUCAUAACGUGUUAAUAACCUCAAAUAACAACACGUGUUUUCGGUGUAAGCAUCAGCAUGGAGGAUACCCAAAAAAUUAAAAAGAAAAAAUCAAAACAGCUUGAUAUAAGCAAAAUACAAACCGAAAAGGACUUUGCGCUCGAGUCUUCAGAAAAAACAGCCAAGCUUGAUGCUUCAAAUUGGCCUCUUUUGUUAAAGCACUUUGAUCGAUUGAAUAUAAGAACUAAUCAUUAUGUACCACUACCAAACGGAGCUUCUCCUUUGAAAAGGGAUAUAUCAGAGUAUGUAAAAUCUGGAUUUAUCAAUUUAGAUAAGCCCAGUAACCCUAGUAGUCACGAAGUCGUUGCUUGGAUUAAAAGAAUUUUACGGGUGGAAAAAACAGGUCAUUCUGGUACUCUUGAUCCUAAAACUACUGGUUGUUUAAUUGUUUGUAUUGAAAGAGCAACUCGCUUAGUAAAAUCACAACAAGCUGCAGGAAAGGAGUAUGUUUCUGUGUUCAAGUUACAUUCAGCAGUUGAAUUUAAGAAAGUAGUACAAUCACUUGAAAAACUAAAAGGUGCAUUGUUCCAAAGACCACCUUUGAUCUCUGCAGUAAAGAGACAGUUGAGGGUGAGGACAGUAUAUGACAGUAAACUAUUAGACUAUGAUGAAACAAGGAAUAUGGGAGUUUUCUGGGUAAAAUGUGAAGCUGGAUCUUAUAUUAGGACAAUGUGUGUCCAUCUUGGUUUGCUGUCAGGUGUAGGAGGUCAGAUGUUGGAAUUAAGAAGAGUUAGAUCAGGCAUACAGGGAGAAAUGGAUCAAACAGCUACAUUACAUGAUGUUUUAGAUGCCCAGUGGCUUUUUGAUAAUCAUAAAGAUGAAACCUACCUAAGAAGAGUGAUCAAACCACUAGAAGGUCUGCUGAUACAGCACAAGAGAAUAAUAAUGAAGGAUAGCUCCAUAAAUGCUGUAUGCUAUGGAGCUAAAAUUCUCAUCCCUGGUAUACUGAGAUAUGAAGAUGGAAUUGAGUUAAAUGAAGAAAUAGUAAUUGUAACCACGAAGGGUGAAGCCAUAGCAUUAGGUAUAGCUUUAAUGACAACAUCAACUAUUGCUAGUUGUAGUCAUGGUAUAGCUGCAAAAAUAAAAAGGGUGAUUAUGGAAAGAGAUUUAUAUCCCAGAAAAUGGGGCUUGGGGCCAAGAGCUAGCCAAAAGAAAAUUCUUAUUGCACAAGGUCAAUUGGAUCAGCAUGGAAAACCAAAUGAGAACACUCCCAAGGAGUGGCUUAACAGUUAUGUUGAUUAUUCCGCAUCUAAAGAUAAACAAGACACUGAAGAAAGCUCAGAAGAAAAGAAACGUAAACUCAGCAAUUCUGUUUUAGAUACAACAAGUGAAGACCCUGAAGUAAGUACAGAAAAGAAGAAGAAGAAGAAGAAAAGGAAAGUAGAGACUGAAGAAGAAGCUGAAUCAGUUCCUGAACCAGUUCCUGAAGCCGAAGAAGGUGUAGUCACAGAAAAAAAGAAAAAGAAGAAGAAAAAGGAUAAAGAUGUUGAAAAAUCUUCAGAUAGCUAAACUCAAUUAAAAGGUUUUUAUCAAAAAUAAAAACUUACAUAUAUUAUGGAAUAUAUUUUGAGUUUUUUUUAUAAAAGUACGAAAAGUUCAACAUACUGUUAUAGGAAACAGUAUUUUUUACAUUCUUUAUAAGUUCAUUUUUCUGUUAUUUUAACAGGUACCUCAACAAAUGUUUGUUACUGGCAAUUUUUGUAAAUAUUUUAAUCUUGUAUGUUACUUUCUUUGGUAUAUUUAGAUUUUUAAUAAAAAAAACAAUAUACCUAA